AUGAUGUCUGAUACAACAUAUUCAAGAGGGAUGGAACGAGACAGAGGAAGGAUUACAUCAGAUUCUAUGGCGAGAGGCGCAUAUCCUCAGCAGUAUGUUCACCCUGGCAGUCAGCAGCAGGGCAUAGACAUUCAGGAGCUUGCCUCUAAACGUGUCGACAUCCAGAAGAAACGGUUUUAUUUGGAUGUAAAACAAAGUGCACGGGGCCGAUUCCUAAAAAUUGCAGAGGUUUGGAUUGGAAGAGAACGUCAUGAUAACAUCAGAAAAAGCAAAUUAACGCUGUCCAUGUCAAUGGCACCCGAUCUACGUUAUUGCCUGGGGGACUUCAUUGAUUAUUACGCUCAUAUCGGGUUGAGAGGUGGUAUAGUACCACGGCCAGAAGAGCAGAGCAAUGGCCAGGGCCGCCCGCACGAUUCCCGCAGAAGACCGCAGGAUCACCACGCAACAUCAGUGUCUCCCACUGGCUCUGCGGUAUCAGAGGAACAUACUCAUCGCGUCCUGAAGAGUGAAUUCAUUGAGAGAGACAAUAGAAAGUACUAUCUGGACCUGAAAGAGAACCAGCGAGGCAGGUUCCUCCGCAUCAGACAGACUGUCAGCAGAGGGCAUGGGGCCAUCGGUUACUACGGCCAGGGCAUCGAUCAAACCAUAGUGUUGCCGGCUCAAGGGCUAAUCGAAUUCAGAGAUGCACUGUCGCAGCUGAUUGAAGACUACGGCGAUGAUGAUGCUACGGAAGAGCUUGGAAGAGGCAAUGGGAACCAUGAAGAAUCCACCGAGUUUCCCGAGGCAGCAUCAUUCCGAGUGGACAAUAAGAGGUUUUAUUUCGACGUUGGUUCUAAUCGGUAUGGUGUCUUUUUAAAGAUUAGCGAGGUAAAGCAGCCAUACAGGAACACCAUAACGGUUCCCAUGAAAGCCUGGGCCAAAUUUGGAGAUAAUUUCAUUAGGUAUGAGGAAGAAAUGCAGCGAAUGUUCACCUGUCACAAGGAGAAGAGGACAGAGACUCGUGAAGACAUUGGAGAACAAGAGGAUUGACAAUGGCAUUAUCUGGCUGUAAGAGGUUUCUAGUGAUGGUGGGUUAAAACAGGGAU